AUGAGUACAAAAACACCGCCAUCGCUCUUAUCUCUCACCAUUGACUCAACCGUCCUCAAUCUCUCCGACAUCACCGAUCUCUCCUCAAUCCCUGAUCACAUCCUCCUCGACCUCUUUCUGAGAAUAUUAAGAGCUGGGAAAUUGACUGAGAAAGUUCUGAAACUGCUCAUAGCAACUGGUAAUGAUGAAGUCAAGUCCCUUAUUCAGGCACUCAAUAUCCAACAUAUUGUGACCCCUCCUGUGCUUCCCACCAGUGAGUUAUCUUAA